AUGGUUGUGGAUUACUUCCACGUGCAACUGUCAGACGACAAGCAGGUGAGGCACUUCCUGGAGCUGAGCUAUGCUGGUGCCAUCCUUCGGGACAGCUGGGUCCUGACAGACGUUGGCAUCACCCCUAGCAGUGCCAUCUGCUGCCUGCUGAAGGCUCAUGACCCUGGUGCCCAGCAGUGUGGGCUGACCCUCCCGUUCAGCUCCUUCAGACUGACCCUCAGUCUACCGGCCUGCAACUGUGUUCCAGCUCCGGGUGGCACUCUACAUCGCUGCUUCUCUGGGCCACCUGGACCUGGCCGGCUGGCUGCUGGAGAGGGGGUGCGUGUCAUUGAGCCGGUGGGGGUUCACCCUUACCGUGAGUGGUGCCACCAGACGGCCCACCCCGACGUCGCCAAGUGUCCCGCUGUCGCCUCCAUCGAGCGCGGCCAGCUCACCAUCCUCAAACUCUUUAUCGCCAGCAGCGUUCUGACCCUUGCCUGUCGGGAUCCCCAGGGUCGUGACCCCCUGAGGAUCGCCCUCCAGUAUGGCCACAGGGAGUGUGUGCGUCACCUGGCCACCAAGCUGUGCUCUGUGGUGGUCCUCCCAGGUAUGGCCCUGCCCAUGCGGACAUACCUCCAGAUAAAGGGCUGGGUGAGGCUGGGGCAGAGGAGGGCAGCAUCCAGGCACUGCAUGAGCCUCAACAGGGCUCCGUUCAGGACCAGGGUGGGCGACACGGUCCUGGUGGACGGCUUCACCCUCCCCAAGAUGUCCUCCAAGCCCAGGAGGAGUGAGGCCAAGGCGGGUAUCAGGGUGAUGUCCACAGCCUCUCGAUGUUUGAUCCCCAUCAACUGCCCAUCUCAUGUAUCCUGCCCCCUCCGCGCCCUGGCAUCCCAGGAUAAACCUCUUCAACUACCGAAGCUCCACCCUGUGGCCACGAGGGAUGAAAGAGAGAAGAAGAGGGGAUGUGGAAGGAAGGGAUGUGAGGAGGAUGAGAGUGGGGAUCAGAACAGCAACCAAUGGAGGAGCAGAGUCCCGCUCCCGCCCAUUUCCAGAGACACCAAUCUCAGACCUGUGUUUGCCUCGCCAAACUCCGCCCAGAUCCUCACCACCUCACUGGAGGCCUUUUCUCUCCACUGCGACCGCACACCCAGAGAAAACGCCAUAUACUGUUUGGCCUUGGCCAGUGCCUUCACACAGAGACCAUGGUUGCAGCAGCUGAAUGUAGCGCGGACUCUGUCCAGGAGGAGUGCUCAGCACAUUGGGUAGACACCAGGAUCCUGGUCAUCAGGCAGAUUAAACUGAAACAAGGAGGGACAACCUGGAAUUGUCCAAAAAGGAACUCUUAUUUGAGUUUUUAUUUUUAUUUUUUACAGUGAACAAGAUGAGACUUUGGAACGGAUGAUGCCUGAAACAAUGCGGACGACUUAGAAUUUCGUUCCUUUGGAUGAUGCUUAUAGAUAUAGUCAGUACUGUGUUUGAUUUGUGUGCAGAAAGUUUACAACGGCAGGCAGUGGAUUCUCAGUCAUUCCUAUUCUCAAGUAACAAAAAACGUAUCAUAUUUCACUGGCUAUUUGUAGUAGCCAAAUGUGAAUGGAAUUAUUAUUAUUCUAGAAUCAUUCAGUUGACUGAAUGUGACUAUGUGGUUGUGCUGUAUGUGAUUGUACUGAAUGUGGUUGUACUGUACGUGAUUGUAAGUGUUUGA